AUGUUCUGCAUAAGUGAACCGUUUACCCUAUGUGCUUCACAUACGGAACACCAUAGGCGUGCAUUGUGUGGCAAACAGUCAGUGUGGGGAUGCUUUACAAACACGACUAGCUGGUUUGGGCGCAACCGAGGGGUCCGGAACUCGGCGUUCCUCGCUGGUGCAGCGGACGCGUUCAAUUCACGUAGCAAAGCCCGGAACCUGUCGAGACGAGCUUCACUAUCGAUGAAACUUCCAAUGUCGUGUCGUGCUGAUACGAUCGGGUCGAAGCGUUGCCUGGUCAUAGGUGGGACGCGCUUCAGCGGCGUCUAUCUGGCGAAGGUGCUGGGAGACCUCGGCCAUGAGGUCGUCCUUUACAACCGAGGCAGCAAGCCCCUUCAGCGUGUACCAAACGAGCCGGAGGGUGAGUUUGCGGCAAGAGCUGCUAUGAGCUCGACCAUUAUAGGUGACCGCACAAAGCCCGAUGAAGUGAAGGAGAAGCUAGCAUCGGAAAAUUUUGAUGCGAUCUUUGACAUGAAUGGACGAGAACUCGAGGAUACUCGACCAUUUGCUGAGCUCUUUGCCGGAAAGAUCGAUCACUAUGUCUACAUGAGCAGCGCUGGUGUCUACUUGCAGUCGCCGGUGCUACCACAUAUCGAAGGCGACGCCUGCGAUCCCAAAUCCCGUCACUUGGGGAAACUUCAAACGGAGGAGUUCCUAGAUAGCCACGGACUGCCGUGGACCGCCAUCCGCCCGACCUACAUAUACGGUCCUUCGAACUAUAAUCCCAUCGAGGAAUGGUUCUUUGCUCGUAUCGCGGAAGAUCGUCCGAUCCCAAUUCCAGGCGACGGCACCUACAUGACUGGCCUGGGCCACGUGGCAGAUCUGGCCAAUGCGUUUGCCGCCGUACUCGGGAAUCCCAGGGCAGUAGGCAAAGUCUACAACAUUCAGGAUCGCAAGUCGGUAACGUACAAUGGUAUUGCGAAAAUGUGCGCUCUUGCGAUGGGACGCGAUCCCGAAAGCAUCCGCAUCGUCCACUACGAUCCUAAUCGUGUGGAUAUCGGGAAGGCCAAGGCGUUUCCCUUUAGGUUGCAACACUUCUUUACGAGCGUGAACCGUGCGCUGAGAGAACUGGAUUGGGACGUGGACUUCGAUCUCUUGGAUGGUCUCCGAGAUUCGUACCAUAACGAUUUUUUGCCCAAAAAACAAGCAGGAAAGCUUCAAGUAGACUUCAAAACGGACGACUUGAUCCUCUCCCAGGUUUCUUGA